CCCCUCUGCCGGAAGUCGUCGUGUUGUCGUUCUCCCCGUCGUCGGGCGUCGCUGCUUGGGCCCGGGAGGGAGCUGAGGCGGCGGCGGGCAGGGCAGGGCAGGGCAGGGGGGCCGCCUCCAUGGCUCCGGUGUCCCGUUCGCGGAGCCCGGCGGCGGAGUCUCCGCCUUCCCGGCGGGAGCGGCGGCGGGAUGGCUCGGCCAGCCCUCCUUCGCCUCCUCCUCUCCCGGCUUCUCGGUCCGGCCGGAGCCGAAGGUCCCGCUCGAGGUCGAGGUCGCGAUCCCGGGAGCGCAACGGGUUCCGGCCUCCGUCCAGGCCGCCGCACCACUUCGCUCACCGCCUGGAGCCGAAGCCGCCGCGAGGGUUGUGGCACUCCGAGGCCGGCAAGGAGCAGGAGGAGUCCCUCCGGCAGAGGCGAUUAAAUGAAAGAGAAAGAAUAGGUGAACUAGGAGCACCUGAAGUUUGGGGACUGUCACCAAAAGUUCCUGACCCAGAUUCUGAUGAGCAUACCCCUGCAGAAGAUGAAGAUGGGACAUCUAAAAAGAGCAGCUCCUCUGAUUCCAGUUCAGAAGAGGAGGAAAAAAAGAAGAAGAAGAAAAAGAAAAAGAGGAAAGCUGCUUCACGUAUGUGUGAGCUUGUAUUGGGUAGUGAUGAGGAAAAAAAGAGAUCGAAGAAGAAGAAGAAGAAGCACAGAAAAAAGAAGUCCAAGAAAAAGAAGAGCAAGAAAAGCAGGAAGGACACCAGCGAUUCGAGCAGUGACGAUUCCAGUGAUGAGGCUGUACAAGGGGAUGAGCUCUGGAUUGAGCGAUCAAAAAACACAGAUGCUGUAGAUUUCAUUGGCCCAGAAGCUCCCAUCACCCAUGCCUCCCAGGAUGACCGGCCCUUAAACUAUGGACAUGCUCUGCUCCCUGGUGAAGGGGCCGCCAUGGCGGAGUAUGUAAAAGCCGGGAAGCGUAUCCCUAGAAGAGGUGAAAUCGGCCUAACCAGUGAAGAGAUUGCAUCUUUUGAGAAGUCUGGCUAUGUCAUGAGUGGCAGCAGGCACCGUCGAAUGGAGGCUGUUCGUCUGCGUAAAGAGAACCAGAUCUACAGCGCGGAUGAGAAGAGAGCCCUGGCUUCGUUCAACCAGGAGGAGAGGCGGAAGAGAGAGAACAAGAUCCUGGCAAGCUUCCGGGAGAUGGUGUACAGAAAAACCAAGGGCAAAGAUGAAAAAUGAACUGCUUGCUGUUUUGUGUAGGCUGGAGUGGAUGUUGGCAAGCCCCACCCGUUAAAAGCCAUUUGCAAGUGAGUGUCCCACAAGGCCUGGUACCGCCUGAACUUUGAAAAUUGGUUCACGGCUAUGAAAUAACCCUGAUAGGUUUCAUUUGGAAAACCUGCUCAUAUGUUUUACAGGACCUUGGAGCUACUUCAUUUAGAUCUAAAGGAAGAUAGGAAUUGACUAAGGCAGUGAUCCUACGAACUAUACCAAAAUAGUGCUAGGAAUCUGAGAUACUGCCACCAGCUGGUUUUCUAGGGGGGGAAAGCAAGAUUUAAAAUUGGAGCAGGAGCACAGCAGAGAUUUAAAAAUAGAGACUCAGCAACUGAAAUCUGGGCUCUGAUUAAAGUUGCUUUGAUAUACAUUUUUUAACGUGAGGCUACUGAGCCAUCAGUAUGAGAGAGACAGGCAGAAUGGACAGGAGGCAAUUCCUUACUGAACUCGAGAAUGGCGUCAAAGAUGACCCAAACCGGUGUGUAUCUAAACCUAAGCAUCCCACAAGACCAAAACCCACUUAAGUGAUGGGUGUCUUCUUGAUAAGCAGUCAGUGAAGACCAUAUUUUUUUGUUUUCUUGCUUGCUAUUAAUAGACCAAAGUGACGUAAACUGUAGUUCCGUUUCUGUGACUUGGGAGACUUUGCAAAGAAGAAUUGUGCCUUGGGCACUUAGGACAGAUUUUAUUUCUUAUUUUGGAAUCCUCUCUAUUUGACUGCAUGAAGAGGCUGAGCCAUACCUUAUCAAAAAGGAUCGAAACCUCUUCAGGUAGCUUCUGUGAGAUAGUAUUCCGUCAGCAGUGUUUCAAUGGGACAGAGCUAGUAGGUAUUUGUGCCUGGAUGAAUCUAGGGUGGGUUUUUUUUGCCUUUUUAACUUCCUGAAUGUAACUCCUAAUCUAGGCAAAACGCAUAUGCCAGGAUUCAAAGGGUUAUACUGUGGGUACAAGAGUCCUUCUGACCUCCGCUUUGAAACCCUGGGGUACCAUUCAAUAGGUGAUGGCCAGAAUUCAGGAGCACCUCCAGCGUGACACUGCAGUUUGGAAAAGGACAUCUUUUUCUCCCUAUUUCUAAUAAAACAGGAAAGUUCUACCAUGUGUAUAUAUGUGUGCAGGUCUUACUUGGUACAUUUGAGUACCCCUUCAGCACAGUUCUAAAACUGUAUGUUAUUGCCUGGAAAAUAUUUUUAAAAUAAAGUGUUCCCUUUGGGUGCAUCCGAUUUAUAUUGUUA